GCACGUUCCGCAAAUGCCGGGUUCAAAAUAGUUCAUCGCCAUUAUCGUAAGUAAUAGAGCGGGAGACAACGUGAUAUUGACGUUCUAUUUGAGACUACGUUUUUAGAAAAUUAUCUCUCAGAGAACCAUCUGCUUGCAGAAUGGCCUCCGAAGAUAUUUCCAAAUUGGCUGACUCACUGGCCAAAACACAAGUUGGAGAUGGGGAGCUAAGUUUCAAGGGAAGAGGGCUGAAGCUAAACGAUGCAGAAGCUGCGGAAGAAAUGGUAAAAGAAAUUGAGGCAUUUAGUGGGCUACAGGCACUGAGACUUGAAGGAAACACAGUUGGUGUACAAGCUGCUGAAGCCAUUGCAAAAGCUCUACGUAAUAAGAAAGAUCUUGAGAAAUGCUACUGGAGUGACAUGUUCACAGGUCGCCUUCGGUCUGAGAUCCCCCCUGCUCUGAUCUCACUUGGUGAGGCACUCAUGAGUGCAGGAGCAUGUCUCACAGAGCUGGACCUCAGUGACAAUGCCUUUGGGCCAGAUGGUGUCCGUGGCAUUGAAGAUCUGCUUAAGAGCACUUCCUGCUUCACACUGCGUGAACUACGCCUCAACAACUGUGGAAUGGGUGUUGGAGGAGGCAAGAUUCUGGCUGCAGCCCUUAUAGAGUGUCACCAGCGUUCUAGUGAACAAGGCACCCCACUUAGACUGAAAGUGUUUGUUGCAGGCAGAAACCGGCUGGAGAGUGAGGGUGCUACAGCCCUUUCUCGUGCUUUUAAGCUGAUGGGCAGCCUCGAGGAAAUCCAUAUGCCUCAAAAUGGGAUCACUCACUCUGGUGUGACAGCCUUAGCAAAUGCUCUGCAGGACAACCCUCAUCUUCGUGUGAUUAACCUUAAUGAUAACACUUUCACCAGCAAGGGAGCAAAAUCAAUGGCACAGGGAUUAAAAGACCUCCGAAAUCUGGAAGUGAUCAAUUUUGGGGACUGUCUGAUACGAUCUGAGGGGGCUAUUGCGCUUGCAGAAACUUUGAAGGAAGGUCUUCCAAGCCUUAAGGAGCUGAACCUGUCUUUUGGAGAAAUUGCUGAGGAGGCUGCUCUUAAAGUUGCCAGUGCUGUGCAGCACAAAUCACAACUGGAGAAGCUAGAUCUGAAUGGCAACUGUCUGGGAGAGGAGGGCUGUGAAUCUCUGAAGGAGUUAAUGAAAUCAUUUAACUUGGAUGAGAUUUUGGGAUCACUCAGUGAUGAUGAUGGUGAACCAGAUGAAGAUGAAGAGAAGGUGGAGGAGGAAGAGGAAGAGGAAGAAGAAGAGGAAGAGGAGGAGGAGGAGGAAGACAGAAAUAUUCUAUCUUCUCCAGCGCCACAGACUUCUACUACAAUGCCCUGUACAUCUGUUGUAGAUGUUUCAGCCUUCUUGGGUUUUCCAACUGCAGAGAAACUGAUGAAGCUGGGUCCCAAUCGAGCAAUGCUCAUUCAACAGGAGGUGGAUGUUACAGAUGCUGAUAAAACUACACAGGUAUUCCUGAAGAUAGCGUCUUUGUACAAGGAUGGCGACAACAUCAAAGAGUUGGUCCUGACGUGUGUUGAUACAUUAUUGAGAAAAGCAUUCAACUCCCCAUCAUUCCAAAAAGAACAGUUUAUGUCCAGUCUACUUAUUCUUUUGGGUUUGAUCAAGCAGAGUGAAGACAAACUAAAGCCGGUUCAUGUUGUUCCGGGACAUCUCCUAACGUUGGAGCACGUAGUGAGGCAAGAUUAUUUUCCCAAACAGCAAAUCUCUAUCCUCCUAGUCUUUUUUUCUAGGCCUAACCAGAUCAUGGAGUCCUGCUCUAGUGCCCACCUUACCUUGAAAGAAACCCUUGAAAAUUUGGACCCAGGUUCCUGAAGCUGAUUGUGAUGUCAUUUAUCAACGCAGGCAGCCAGAUGCCCCAACACGUGCACAUUCACAAACCCACUCUUAACUGUCGUGAAAGAUGAUAAUUGACGACAAUUUUCAUGCAAUUAAUAUGCAGCAAUGGCAACAAACACCCGGUGAAUUGGCUGCCUUUGGUGGUGGCUGUUGAAAGUAACAAUAAAAUGCAAUGUGUACUAUUUAAUUUAUCAAAGGACAGUUUAAGAAAAAAGGUGAAAAAGGCACAAAUGCAAAGACUUUUUUUGACUCACUGAAUGCUUUUACACAUUGACUGCUGCUAAUUGCAACCAAAUAAAUUGCUUAUAGAACAUUUUUCCAGAUUGUCUGGAAUGGAAAUUUUUGCUAUAACCUAAGAACUGUUUCAAAAAUUAAAAUUCAUAUCAAAGUCUUAAGUGUAUAUAUUGGAUUGGCUUUUGUGGAGUUCAUUAGGUUUCAAUAAAACUCAUUUGUACUGAU